AUGGGUGCAUCAGGCUUAGGUUCUGCUUUAGCAAAGUGCAUUAAUCUCUCAAAUUUGACACUUGACCUUUAUGAUAAUUAAAUUGGUGAUGAAGGUGCAUCAGGCUUAGGUUCUGCUUUAGCAAAUUGUAUUAAUCUCUCAAAUUUGACAAUUGACCUUGGUAACAAUUAAAUUGGUGAUGAAGGUGCAUCAGGUUUAGGUUCUGCUUUAGCAAAUUGCAUUAAUCUCUCAAAUUUGACACUUUUACUUAGUAACAAUUAAAUUGGUGAUGAAGGUGCAUCAGGUUUAGGUUCUGCUUUAGCAAAUUGCAUUAAUCUCUCAAAUUUGACACUUGACCUUUAUGGAAAUCCAAUUGGUGAUGAAGGUGCAUCAGGGUUAGGUUCUGCUUUAGCAAAUUGCAUUAAUCUCUCAAAUUUGACACUUGACCUUCGUUAAAACUCAAUGAAUGAUUCAUAAAAAUUCAAAGUAAUAAGCAAGUGUCUUAAAUCAAAAAGAUUAGUUUUCUUUGAUUUCAAAUGA